AUGAUGCGAUACUUUAUUUUUUUUCUUGCAUUUUGGUUAAAUAUUUAUAAAUGUAUUAACAACAUUAAAAAUAGAAAUAGUUAUGGAUUCAUAAAUUUAAAUAAUAAUUUGAAACUGCAUCAUAAAAAUAAACAUGUUCUCUAUUCGAAAGUUGAAAUUAAAAUGCCUGCCCUAUCUAGUACCAUGACGAGUGGCAAAAUUGUUCGCUGGAAUAAAAGCGUUGGAGAAUUUAUUAACGUUGGGGAUAUAAUUAUGACAGUAGAAAGUGAUAAAGCAGAUAUGGAUGUUGAAUCGUUUGAUGAAGGAUAUUUAAGACGAAAACUAAUCGAAGAAGGGUCUGAAGCAAAUGUUGGAGAUGUACUAGGAAUUCUAACGACUGAGGAAAAUGAAGAAGUGGCAAAUGAAGAGGCGGAAAAUGAAAAGACGACAGAUGUAGAGAUGUCAGAUGUAGAAACAACAAGUGUAGAGACGGCAGAUGUAGAGACGACAGAUGUAGAAGGGGAAAGUGUGGAAAAAGGGAUAUACAGUCCAUCAGUGCAAAGUAAAAAAAAUAAAGUAAGAAUCGCUAAAUGGUUAUGUAAAGAAAACGAAUUUGUGAAUAAAUCUGAUGUUAUAUUUCACAUUGAAGAUGACAAAAGUACAAUUGAAGUGGAUAGUCCUUAUACAGGUAUAAUAAAAACUAUUUUAGUAAAAGAAGGAGAGCUUGCAGAUUUGGAAAAACAAGUUGCCACCAUUUUAGUUAAAAAGGAAACAAAUGAACUGGAAAACACCUCUAUGAAUUUAAAUAACAAAAUAAAAGAACGUGAUGUAAUAACUCAUUUUAAAAAAAAAAUAAAAGACACUAAAGAAGGGAAACAAUUUUUAAAAACAUUAAAUUGUGAUACUGAAAAAAUACUCGAGGAAAGACUCAAAUUAAAUAGUGAUAAAUAUUAUCAAGAUAUUAACAACAAUUUCAAAUCUUCUGAAGCAGACCCUAAAACCAUCAAGGAACAUGCACAGCACAACCAAGAACAUGGAAUAUCUCAUGAAAGAAUAGUAUUGCCAUCUGCCAUUGAACUUAUGAAGAAACACAAACUAACCCCCGAAGAUAUCACGCACACGACCAUACCGAACAGAAUCACCUACGAAGAUGUCAACAUGUUUCUCGAAAAAAAAAAAAAAAUUCCAAAAGUAGGAAGCGAUACAAGAGUAGAAGGGGGAGGGCGAGUUGUCAAAUUAACGAAUAUACAAAAGUCAAUAAAAAAUAAUAUGAUGCUAACAUUAAAUGUUCCAGUAUUUCGAAUAACACAUUUAAUAAAAACUUGUCAAUUAUUAAAAAUAUAUGAACAAGUCAAAGAUAAAAUAAGUAUGUCAGUCAUAUUAAAUAAAUGUGUAUCUUUGGCAUUACUUAAAAAUCCAUUAAUAUAUUCAACAUAUAUAGAUAAUGAAAAUGGAGAAAUUUUAUAUAACCAAAAUAUAAAUAUAGGAAAUGCAUUAGGAUUGAACGAUUGUUUAUUAACCCCUGUUUUAAAAAAUGUCGAUAAAAAAGAUAUAUAUACAUUAUCAACAGAAUGGAAAGAUCUGGUAAAAAAAGGAAAAAGUGGAACCCUUUCAGCAAAUGAAAUGUCGGGAAGCAAUUUUUUUAUUUCGAAUUUAGGAAUGUUUAACACAUAUCAAUUUGAUGCUAUCUUACCAAAAAAUGCAUCAUGUAUUUUAUCUAUCGGUACAAAUAUAGUUAGCAUAAAUCAAUUUGAAGAUUUAAAAAUAAAUAAAGGAAUAAUGAUGACAUUAACAUGUGACCAUAGACAUAUUUAUGGUUCACAUGCUGCUAUUUUUAUGAACGAUUUAGCAAAUGUCAUUGAAAAUAGUAUAAUGGACAUAUUUUUAUAA